AUGUGGCUUCCAGCUCCAUCACGCAGUUCCCUUCGGGUUACAUUUUCUCUUGCUUUGCUUCUGUGUCUCGCUUCGUCCAUAUUGGCAGCAUCGUCAGAUGCUGCACCUUCUCCUUCAGCCAAAAGCGAUGUGAUAUGUCAUACCGACAAUCCGGCAGACUGUUAUCCCAAGGUUUUUUCACCUACAGAAGAGUUCCAGAUCGUACGUGAUGACCAAGACUUACCGCCUGGCCUUCACGUACGAAUGGAUAUCUAUUCGGGGAAGAAGGAAGCAAAGCUCUACACACCAGACGCAGACGACCCAGCUCUCGAAGGCCUACCUGUGGAACGAUCUGUCGUAGUGGUGGACCCCGAGGUUCCUGAUGAUACACCCCAGAUACCGGCUGGUGCACCAUCCUACGACUCUGUAGGAGCAGUGAAGGGGCCUCAGGUACACAAUCCAGAUUUUGCAGCUGCGUUGGACUUUUUGAAAAACAACGCGGAGACUGCACCCUCUCCUGGGAAGCACCCCCUAGAUGAUGCCUUGGUCGACCUCGAGGACAUCUCCCAUGACAUGUACUACGGCAAGGAAAUCAUGGACGAUGAAGAAGCUGUGAAAAGCCUCUUCUGUCUCCUUACUCAGCGGGAUGCCGAGCACUCUCUCAACCGCGACGGUGCAGAUCAUUGGGAUUUAUUGGCGUCAUCGAUUUUGUCAUCAUCACUACAGAACAACCCACCUGCAUUACUGAGCCUAGAGUCGUAUUGGGACUCCCUGAUGGAUUCACAAUGCAAAUCCCAUUCGAAACCGUUGAAGGAUGUCUUCUUUAAUGGUUUGGAGCCAUCAACCCCAACGAGUGAUCACGACGAUGCCCUCGAAGCUCUCUGGAUUCGUCGAGCUUUGCCUGUCGUAGGGAAGCUCCUAAAGAGCAGUGCCAUACGAUCCGAGUUCAUUCAUGAUAAUGGGAUGAAGCACUUUCUGCAAAUUCUGCUUACCAAGGGAGAUGUCUGGGAAGCUGCAAGAAUGCGGGUUAGUCGGAUCGUGUCAGACACCUUUUUAGAUGAAACUGUGGGUGCCAAGAAGGGUAUGUGGCCUGUAAAACCGGCCAUCGAUCCAAGCAAUUGCAAGAAAGAUGGUUCGAAAUUCGAUGAGGGUUGCUGGGAAUACCAUCUCGGACAGAUCAUUCAGGAGACGAAUGCUGAAUGGGCUCAUGACCUUCUGGCGAUGAUAGAUGCGGCAAGAUUGGAGACAGGCCACGUAAAAGACGAGUUGUGA